AUGAAUUUGAUGAUAUAAUAGGAUUAGGCUUAUAGUAUUUAACUUUAUCUGAUUAUAAGAUAUAAUAGCAUAAAUUACAUUCAAAUGUGUUUUCAUUCAAAAUGAAUAGUUGUACUGGAAAUUUAAGCUCAUAAUUACUAUUAUGUGAGAGGGAUAAUUCAAAAAUAAAAGGAGAAUGAAUCUAUCA